AUGGCGCCCCUCGCACACGCUUCCCGCACCUGCCUGCGGCAACUGGCGCGAAGCAGCCCCUCCGCGACGGCUGCGCGCGCCCUCAGCACCUCGGCCGCCCGGAACGACGCCACUGCCACGAGCUACUCGAGCCCCUUCAAGGGCGCCCAGAAGGGCAGCCAGAUCCCCGACUUCAGCAAGUACAUGAGCAAGGGCUCUGCUCAGGGCAACCACCUCAUCUCAUACUUCAUGGUCGGCACCAUGGGCGCCAUCACCGCCGCCGGCGCGAAGUCCACCGUCCAGGAGUUCCUCGUCAACAUGUCCGCCUCCGCCGACGUUUUGGCCAUGGCCAAGGUCGAGGUUGACCUGAACGCCAUUCCCGAGGGCAAGAACGUUAUCAUCAAGUGGAGAGGCAAGCCCGUCUUCAUCCGCCACCGCACCCAGGCCGAGAUCGACGAGGCCAACAAGGUCUCCGUUGCCUCUCUCCGUGACCCCCAGGCCGAUGACGACCGUGUCAAGCAACCCGAGUGGCUUAUCAUGUUGGGUGUCUGCACGCACUUGGGUUGUGUGCCCAUCGGCGAGGCUGGUGACUACGGCGGUUGGUUCUGCCCCUGCCACGGUUCUCACUACGAUAUCUCCGGCCGUAUCAGGAAAGGACCCGCCCCCCUCAACCUCGAGAUCCCCGAAUACGAGUUCCCCGAGGAGGGCAAGCUGGUCAUCGGUUAA